AUGAGAACUACUACAUCUACGCAGGGCGAAUCUGAGCAAUAUGGAUUGGCGAAGCGUCUUCGCAAGCACUUGCCUGAGCUGUUCACCGAGGCUUACACUCCCAAUGUGUACAACUUCCAGUCGACACAGAUCAGUCGUACAGCGCAGAGUGGUGCAGCCUUUGUCUACGGUCUCUUUGAAGGGCAGGGGACUAUUGGAGAAGCCAAGUAUCAACCUGUCAGUAUUUGGUCCGACAGUUUGGACAGCGAUAAUCGGCUCCGUUUUUAUGACAACUGUCCUGUGUAUUUGGAUCUGCAUGACAAACACGCCAAGAAGGAGCGAGAGGUCGUUGACCAUCUGAAAGAGAUCGAGAAGGGGCCUAUUAUUGCGGCGAUAGCAAAGCAGUUGAGUGAGAAGAUGGGUAUCGCUGACAAGUACAUACUCACGUAUAAGGACGUGCACGGUAUAUAUCGCGCGUGCAACUAUGAUACAGUCAAGGAUGGCGAAACCAGCCCCUGGUGCGACUUCCUGGGAGAAAAGGCUAUCCGUACCAUGGAAUACAGAGACGUGGUGGCUCAAAAGCUAUCCACAUGA